AAGGUUUGCACGCGUGUUUGUUUUAUCUUUAGCUGUUUACUUCUGCGAUGGAGAAUCUUUUAAAAGAAUUGAAGUAACUCAGCAGGAAUACGUCUACCAAAUGCUAUCUAAUCCAGGCAGAAAAUGCACGUCUCGAAGUGAUUUUCGCAAUCAACUGUAAGCCAACAUUGCCGAACUGUUGACAUGGCUGUCGUGUUAAAAUGCCACAUUUGUGAUUGCUUUGAGCUUCCUGUCUGAGAGCUGUAGUCAAUUACAACUCUUGGAGUGUUGGCAUUAUGAAUGGGGAUACAAAUGCUCGUACACGUCCGUCGAGAAAUCAAAGACGAAGGAAGAAUAAUCGGAAUAAUGCACAAAAAAACGAAGGACAGAAUUCUGAAAAGACAAACGAUGAGGGACAGAAGAAACAAACUGAUAGUAAAAAGCAAGGCCAGCAGUUCAGUGGGAAAAAACAAGAGAAGGAAAAGCGUGUGAAAUUGGUACAGGUAAGUACACUUUUGGGGAAGAUAUUUACGAUAUUGGAGAUCUCACUCGAUAUAUAGCUGAUUGUAGUCUUUGUUGGAAGGAUUUCUGGAUGGAAAUUUUGAUUCUUGAGUGGAAUUGUUAUACAUUUACUGGCCCUAUAAACCAGGAGCAGUUGCAAAAAAUGCAACUUUCAGUCUUCUGACAGGAAUCGAACCUGCAGCUCUUUGAUUCCGGUGCAGCGCUCUAACCAACUGAGCCACAGAGAGACAGUUGUCGAGCUCUAACCACCAGUUCAUGAAUAAAUAUUAAUGUGAUCAUUGCUUUCCCCCUUAAAGGGGGGAGGGGGGUGCGGGCAACCCAGGGGACUUUGACCACACUAUGAAGCACCAGUGAGGGGAAUUUGACCUAUGCAUCAACUCCCAGAGUCGGGAAAUUUUGACAUCCGCCAUCUUGAAAGUUUGCACGGUUUUGACAUUAAAAGACCUGGUAACAAGUAUGGCGGAGAAGCAAGAUCAAUCGAAAAAGGUAUUUUAUACACAGUGUCUCAAUUUUUACCAAGUUUAAACCAGUAUAGACUGUAUGUUCGCAUUGGAAAACAUAUGUGUGCCUUGUUAUCUUAGGAAUAGAGUGGUGAAUUUUGACAGCCGUUCCUUGGCUAACAUUGGGGUUUUGAUGACAAAAUUUUAAAAAUGUCAAAAUUCUCCUGGGUUGCCUGCAACCCCCCCCCCCCUGCCUCCUCAGGGGGAAAACAUUGAUAGGUGCAUAAUGCACCUAUAGAUCACUUGUUUCCACCACCCGCUUGAGGGUGAGCAACCCUGGCCCCUGGGGAUUUGACAACAAAUUCUCACCCCGGAGACAGCCAUUUGACAACAAGUUGUGGCCUUAGAGACGGUCAAUCGACAAACUCAUGUGCUGGACAUCUCGGUUUGCAGCGCAGUUUGUGUUGCGGGAGACUUGGGGAGAGCAACGUUAUCUCGGCCGUAAAUAUCCUGAAAUUGUUAACAACUCAUACCCUUCCCAUGGGUAUUCUGACUCAGUAAUUGUGCCCUUGGGUGGGGAAUUUGACAACAAAAUGUCAAAUGCCCGUGGGUUUGCCUGCCCUCCGAGGGGUGGUGGAAACUAAUGAUAGGUGCAUAAAUAUCAGGAUUUUGAGCAUACCAUUCGAUAUAACUAAUUGCCAAGGGAUAUGUAUGGAAAUUUCGAGUGGAAUUUGUAGUUAGAGCUUGAUGUUAUGCCAAUGAACCACCAUGCAAAUACCAGUGUGGCGGAUGUAACAAAUAUGAAACAUUUUCCGUGUUGAUAUACACUCAGUUACAGUAUAUAAUUCAACACAAGUGGAAAUUGGGAAAAUGAGAAAUUGCGUGGAAACAUGACGCUAGUGGGCGGAGUGUUUUCACACAAUUUUGAGUUUUCCCAAUUUCCACGAGUGUUGAUAUAACUGUAUAUCAAUACGGAAAAAAAGUUUUAUAUUAUUUGUUUUAUAAUAUAGCACAAGGAAACGUAAAGAAAGAAAUUUUCCAACGUUUCUGUGUUGACAUUGAGUUAUAUCAACACGGCUCUUAGCCAAUCAGCAUUCAGAAUUUACAAAUGCUAUUUUAUAAAAUACUAUAUUGCUCCCUACAGGCCAAAAAACUUGAAAAUAAAUUUCCAACGGUAAAUUGACAAAGUGUCAGGUACCAACUGAUUGGUUUGACACUGGAUAUUUUGUGCCUGACAAAAAAUAUAAAUGCAAUAGAGCAAAAUAAUAUAGUUUUUUUGUGGUUGUUGAAAUAAAAGAAGCCAAUGAAAAGCUUAGUAUGGCAACAACAAUUAAGCCACUAGUCAAUUGUAUCAUACGGGAUCAAACAAUCAUAAAUUGCAGAGCAUUUUCACAGGCAUCUUGUCUAUUAAAUAUUCAUACGCAACGAAAUUUGGACAAUACGUCAUACACAUAAUUUUUAAAUGCGGAAUGCUAAUAUUUUGGAAUAUUAUAAUGAAAUUUUUAAAGCCAGUUGUAGGGUCACGAAAAAAUAUUUCCCGAACAUACCAAAAAUUUUUCCCUAAUAUCCCCGUAAUGUUCGCAAACCUACAAAAAAUUUUCCGGACAUACCAAAAAACUUUUCCCGUGUGUACAGUAAUUUUCGCACACAUACUGUACAAACUUUUUCCAGACAUAACAUAAUUUUUCGGAAAUUUUAAUUUAUGUUUUGCCCGAAUGACGCAUGGAUUUCUGCCUGACCGCAAAAAUUUGGGGGGGCUGUGCCCCCGCCCCCCCCCUGGCCCAUACGCCUAUGGUUGUAGACAGUUUCACCAAUAUUUGUAUUAAUAUGUUGCCAGACAAACUGUCCAGCAAAAAAAACCAGUUGUACCGGACAAUUACUGUUACCUUUCCGUACUGGACAAUGUCUGUGACCGGCCGCUUAUUUUCAGGCUUGAGGCCAGAGUUCUUAGCAAAUAUAGCUCGCUGGUGGGGGUGGCUAAUUUCUGACUAAAGAUCUAUGUCCUCUCCUAUUCGUAAUUCCAGGCUUUCAAAAUAAUGCACUAGCUGUUGGAGCCCUGGGAGGUAUCAGGGUGCAUUCCAUGUUCUCCACACCCGUCUCUGGCUUGAGGUUUCAAAGUUGUUGGUGUGUUUCAGUGAUUGAGGUCAGAUUACUAGCCUGUGUGGACAUUGCCGUCACUCACAGGGUCGAAGCACACAGGAUUGUCUAUUUUGACCUGGGUUUUAGUCCCCAAAAGUAAAUUUUUUAAAAAUAUUGGCAUGAUCAAGGGCAAAUGUUGGCGUUUCUCCAGCAUUUAGUUUACAUGGAAUGCACUCUAAGCUUGCAAGUGAAGUUAUAUUAUUUUUCUUAUUAUCCAUAGUCUAGUUUAUAUCCUGGUUAUUUUGUAAACUGAUUUAGUUAUUUGCCAUCUUAAAUCUUGAAGUUAUUAACUGUAUCUACCGUACUGUAAUCAAUAAUACACUUAUGUCUAGUUAAUUUGAAUGACUUUAAGACAACCCUGACCACUCCCCACAGCCACUUAACUCUGAAUUUUGGCCCCAACGUAUGUACAGUAUAGGCCAUAUAUUAACUGAUUAGUUUUUCAGAAAUACUUGGAUAUCUAUUUAUAUUUAUAUUUAAUUUUGAUUUGUCACAAUUCAGAUAUACAAAAAACAAUAUUUAAUAUUUAUUUAUAUUUAAUUUGAUUUGUCACAAUUCAAAUAUACAAACAAACAAUAUUUAAUAUUUAUUUAUAUUUAAUUUGAUUUGUCACAAUUCAUUUGUCACAAACAAGAUUGAUUACUGACACUAGUAUAGAACAUGCAAAAAUACAACAUAGGUGUGACUGGAGAGAGAAACAGGACUUGCGUCCCAAUCGACACCUAACUCCUAAUUAAUGACUAUACAUCGAACAAACACAUUACAUGAAUAGGAAACCAUAGGAUAUUAUAAAGUUAAGAACAGCCAGGAGGGCUGUAAAAUAGCAGUCGUUCUUUAUACAUUUUACGUAGUCUGGAACUGAAUACAGAUAUUGAUGUACAACUCUUAAGUUGCGAUGAGAGGCUGUUCCACAGAUUUGCUGACCUUACAAAAAAGAAUUUCUGAAGUAGUCCUGCUUAUGUUUGGUACUAAUAAAAUAGAAAUUGUUUUCGUCGUAAUGACGUGAGGUAUAGCCUGGAUCAUAGGUAUACGUAAAUAAUUUUUCACAUCCAUAGGUAUAUGAGUCUGUUUUAUUGAUUUGUAAAACAAUUGCAAGUCCAAGAUUUCUCUGCGGAAUUCGAGUGGAAGGAGGUUCGUUUUUAUCAGUCUUUCUUGAUAGGACAUAUUUUGGGGAUAGUUCAAGAUAAACUUAGUCGCUCGUCGCUGAAUAUUCUCGAUUAAUGACCGGUGUUUGACAGUGCUAGGUGACCACACAUUACUAGCGUAUUCCAACUUAGGCCUAACGAGAGAGCAGUACAGUAGUCUUCUUGUGGCGCAGUCAUUUAUAUCUCUGCAGAUUCUUUUGAUGAGUCCAAGAGUUUUGUUGGCUUUCGCUGCAGUGACUUCGAUGUGCUUUGACCAAGAAAGAUUACUGGAAACAGUGAUACCGAGGUCCUUCAUAUUUGUGACUUGUUCAAGUGACUGACCAUCGAGGUUGUACUGGUGUUUGUUCGGUAAUUUCUUUCUCGAGAUAAUAUGAUAAUAUCUAGAGGGAUAUCUGGAUUAAGUUGUUGAAUUAAAAAUAUAUAGAACUGCAGUUUCCUGUCAGAGGCCCCAGGCCCACGAAUGAUUGCAUUUUUCGCAACUGCUCUUGGUUAGAUGAGAUUUACUGUAAUAAAUGUAUAAAAUUUGCACUCAAAAUUUCUACCUAAUAAAAAAACCCUUUAUAGUUAGUUCUAUUGAGUGAUAUACUGCAAAUCCUGACAUGUAUUUUAAACCGUACAUUAUUGGCAUCAUGUUAGUAGUGAUACAUGAACUUGUGGUUAGAGCUCUAUAACUGUCUCUCUGUAACUCAGUUGAUUCAUAGUUAAUAGAGGAGAUGGUUUGGAAACUCGUUAGCAUGCAUUACAAUAAAAUGACCGUAAACCUCAUUAUCUAUGUUGUUCAGGUUUAUGCAAAAAUGUGGUCUUUCAUCGUCACGUGCGUAUUGUAUUUUUCUCAAGUCAACCAAUAGGAAUGUUCAAAAUGUCCUAUUGUUAAAGUCGUGGAUGGGCAAUUGGACAAAACCGUUGCUAUUGGCUGGUUGAGCAAAAGUACAAUACGCACGUGACGAUGAAUGACCACAUUUUUGCAUAAACCUGAACAAUAACAUAGAUAGUGAGGUUUAUUGUAACGCUAAUGAGUUUCCAAACCAUCUCCUCCAUUAGCUAUGGUUGAUUAGAGUGCUGAGUUGAGUGUACCAGAAUUGGAGGGCUGCAGGCUCGAUUUCUGCCAGAGGGCCAAUAGUUGCAUUUUUCACAACUGCAUGCAUGGUCCUGGUCAGAUCUAAUAAAUGACUAUGUAUAAAAUUUGCGCUUGAUAUUUCCAUCUACGGCAGAAAACCCUUCGAGAAUUAAAACAAGUCUUAAGGUAGUGGAAACAAUUUGGAUACAUAGUUAUUAAAAGAACUGGCCAACCUUGAUAGAAUUAGCAUAAAGCUUAUGGAAUAUGCCAGAGUCGUACAGUGUCUACUGGUGUAUAUCUUUUCUCAAUGACAAUUUUAAAGCUGAUUGAAAUGUUGGUAGUUAACCCAUUAAGUUGGAAUGCACCUAAAUGCGCCCGACUUUAUUAUUUUACUCUAUCAACAUUAGACAAUUUGUGAAUGGGACUGUCUUGUGCAUUAUUGGAUUAACUCAUUAAAGUCACAUUAUUGUACCCUAAUGCACAACUUCGUUAUUUUACUACACUGUACUUGUAUAACACCAGACGAUUUUACUCGUUAAAGGGAGAUUUUACUCGUUAAGCAGUUGUAAUGUUAAGCUUUGUCAGCUUGGUCCAAUGUCAUAAUAUUAUAAUACAAUGUGACACAGUUGUUAGGCUUUGGCUCUUUACAUUUGAUACGUGCAUGGCAAGAAAUUGAAAGAAAAAUUAUACAUGGCUACAACAAAAAGAUUGAAAUACCUUGACGGAAGAGCCUCAAAUUGAUUGUGAAUGUCACUUCAAUAUUUGAAUCUUAACCUUGCAUGUGAUUGGUUACCAUAUUAGUAGCAAAUUAUGUUAAACCGGUUUAAUUGUAAAAUAAUUAACAUGCGCAGUACAAUCUCUAAUUAUAGCAUGCCAAAUGCAGUAAAUAAAUGUAGCUUGCAUGUAAAAAAGCUGCAGAUGGAUAUGGAUAGAACUGCCUGAAAAAUAAUACAAGGAGGACAUCGACGUUUAGAGCGAAGGCCCAGCAUGGGUACAUGUAAGUUAGGGCCUUCGCUCGAAAUGUUGAAACAAAGUGCCUUAGUUCGAAACGUCUAAGUUCUCCUUAUAUUUUUUCAGGUCGUUGUAUCCCUUUAUCAUUGGCAUUCCCUUCACUGGCACAGUCUGUUAAAAAUGUACAUCUGCAGGCUAUUAUUAGCUAUGAUAAUUAGCUGUAAAUAAUAAUUGUAUAUAUGCACGUUGUUUCCCAAACUGAUCAUCAAGUAUGGAAUUGAGAUUCGCAAUUGAUUUGACCACAUGCUCUUCCAUCUUGGAGUUUCUUUUGCGUCACAUCUGGGACCAGGUUAGUCAUUUGGUUACCUGGUUAAAAGCUGUUGUGCCUUCAAAAAAGUGCCUUCAAAAGUGCAUGUGCAGAAACGAAAUCGAGCUAAAUCAUAUGUCUAUUGUGGACGGCUCAUUGUUCUCGGCCAAAAAAUAUGUCAAAAAUUAAGGAAGUUAGGCAUGAAAAAUCGGAAAAUACAAACUUAAUUUUUAUUGUUAUAGCCCUUUAAACGAUAUAAUUUAAAACAUUUUAGGAAAAUGUACUGAAAAAUUUGCCCAAUCGGAAAAUACAAACUUAAUUUUUAUUGUUAUAGCCCUUUAAACGAUAUAAUUUAAAACAUUUUAGGAAAAUGUACUGAAAAAUUUGCCCAUACCUGGUCCACUUCACCUAGCUGCACUGAGCAAGCUCUUACACAACAUAUCUACAGACUAUGGCAUGUCGAAAGAAGAUUUACGUUUAAGAUGGCAAGUCUUUAAUGGUGUCAAGAGUCUUUUUGAACAGGAAAUUAAAGGUAUGAUGUUGGAUAGCGUACAGGUAGUUCGUUAUUUGGCAUAUAGACCGAUUCUAACAAUAGUUGUCAUUAUGAAUAGUUGUCAGUCAUACUCGACCUAUCCAUAUGAAAAAAGUGAACGAUCUGUGCCAGUGUAGGUGGUGCCAAUAAUAAGAAAGCUGUGGAUGGAUAGGGAUACAACUACUUGGAAAAUACAAGGAGAACUUCGAUGUUUCGAAAAAAAUUGUAUUUCAUUUUAUUUAAUAGGUUGUUCUCUGCGGCUGUAUGGCUCGUCGAAAAGUGCCCUUGGUUUAAAGACUAGUGAUGUCAACAUAUGUGUACAUGAGGAGAAUGAGGUACAAUUGUGCUUCCAGUGACGGACACCAGACGAAGCUUCGUAUAUCUUUCCCCAAAAUGUGAAUGAAUUGCGCCAUCAAUUUUAUUUGUUUUACUCGUGUACAUGCAUACCUCUAUGUUUUAUGGAUGAACUCAUGCGUUUCCUCAGUUUGACCAUAAAAUUUUCACUAAUGCCACCACGAAUUCCAAACAAAAACUUGUCGCUUGUGCGAAAGGGUGCACUCCUAUACCCUGCUCCUUCUCUGUCAGAUUAUAGCUUCGAUCUUGCGCCACCUCCCCCUCAUUGCUCUAAAUGUGUAUGAAAAUUGAAGGCCCUGUAGUUGGGGAGACUCAUGCACCAUUCUCAGUAGUGUAAGGUGAUAAUUGUUGCAAUUUUUCAUGUUUAUUUUUCUUGCAGGAAAAGAUACCAAGAAUUUUUAUUGCAUUUUUGAAUGUACUAAAAGGCUGCAGUAAGUUACACAAUCGUGCAUUUCUUGUUUACAGUAGCUGGGAUAAUUUAUGA